UAUUUUUAUUUUUUUUUUCUUGAAACAUGGGAGAUAACAUUAAUGUUAAUGUUAAUCUACCACCUGGGUUCCGUUUUUAUCCAACUGAUGAAGAGCUUCUUGUCCAUUUCCUUCAACGUAAGGCAGCUCUCUCAGCUUGUCAUCCUGAUGUCAUUCCCGACCUUGAUCUCUAUCCUUAUGAUCCAUGGCAACUUAAUGGAAAAGCUUUAGCUGAGGGAAACCAAUGGUAUUUCUAUAGUCGAAAGACUCAAAACCGGAUCACAAGUAAUGGAUUUUGGAAGGCAACAGGCAUUGAAGAAGCAGUAAUUACAAGAGCUAACAGGAAAAUUGGAAUGAAGAAAUAUUUUGUAUUCCAUCUUGGAGAACCUCCAUCCGGUGUUAAAACUAACUGGAUAUUGCAGGAAUACGGUCUCUCUGAUUCUGCUGCUUCUAAUACUGGUAGUAGUAAUAGUAGGUCGUCUUCUAAAAGAAGAGGACAUUUAAAAACAGAUUUCAGUAAAUGGGUCAUCUGUCGAGUUUAUGAAAGGAAUUGUGAUGACGAUGAAGCUGGAACAGAACUCUCAUGCUUGGAUGAAGUAUUCUUAUCGUUAGAUGAUCUUGAUGAAAUUAGUUUGCCAAAUUAGCUCCAAUCAAUUGAGAUCUUAAUGGUCCAAGACAAAGGAUUUAUCUAAAUGCACAAUCGCAUCGUUCCAAUGAGUGAUAUGAUGUAUGUUCCAACAAAAAAAAAAAAAAAA